ACCAAAGAGUGCAUGUAAAGGCGCUCUCGUUUUCGGCGCUCAAAGUCAACGAUGUUUAUGAUUACAUGUAUGGUUCCACAACAGAAACACUGUUGUGUCAGUGUGUAAUAGUGUAUGAGAGUUGUCCGUGCUUGUACGUCUACUUGUGUCUUUUAACGUCAAUUUCUAUUGAUGUAUAUACAUCACAUGCACUGUUUUGUUGUGGUUUACUUUCUGGACGUCACUAGUUCAAAUGUUCCGAUCAAUACUGUGCAAUGAGUAGCAAGUUUGUUUUCAAAAAGAAGAGUUCUAUAACUUCAGAGCAGCAGAAAAAAGCGCAGACGACACUGGGCACAUAUUUUUCUAAAAAGAUAUCAACAGAUUCCUGUGAUGAAUUGCCAGCUCAUAAGAAGGAUGACGACGAAUUACUGACUUACGCAAAUAGCAACAACGUUGUGACGACCAACAAAGAUUCUUCACAUACCACGAACAAUGAACAAUCAUCAGAUGACUGGGAAUCACAGGAUGAGUUUGAACUUCCACCGAAGAAGCACAAUACUUCAAGAGGUAGUGAAAAAGAUAAUGAGAAUUCAGGAAAGGUGACAGUAUCGGAAAAAGAAUGUGUCACAUCAUCUCCCGCAGAUAGUGAUGAAGUAAUAACAAAAGGAAGUGUUAGGCAAAGGAAUAUAAUUCAGAGUGAUGAAGAAGAUGAUGGUAAAGUAACUGUGACUCAGAAUACUGGAUGUGUUCAGAUUAAAGAGGAGCAGGCAGACGAAGACUAUGGGCUGAAAGGUUCUACAGCACUGAUGUACCAAGAUGAUGAAAUUAUAACUAGAGGAUGGAAAAAACCGAGAAAUAUAAUUGCUAGUGAUGAUGAUGAUGUUUCUGACUUGGAAAAGAUUGGAGAUGUUGAGCAGCCAGUUGGAAAGAUAGAAGCAUCAUGCAUACGGCUAACCCCUUCUCCAAGCUGUGCAUAUGUUAAUGACUUAGUAACAGUAGGCAGUGGAAGUGAAGAAAAAAACUUUGAAUUUAACAUUCUUAAUGGUGAUGCCUUUAAUUCUAGCAUGGAGUCUCACAUAUCAGAGAUUAAUACUGAUUCAGAGGAUUUGUUUGCAGAUUGUGAUAAGGUUAAGGAUGAAGAAGGAUCUCGUGGAACGUCCCCCGUGCUUAGCAGUAGCUUACAGUUUCAGUCGAAUAAGCCAUUGAGCUCUGUCAAUGAUAGUUCUGUCACCAGUUCAGAAAAAGAUCGUGACAGCAAGUUAGUGAGUGCAGUCAAUGAAAAAGUACCAAGAGGAACCACAGACGACACAAUUUCAGCAAAGUCCAAUGUUAUUUGCGGUCUGCUAGAGGGAAUGCAGAUUGAUCUUGGAAUGAAUGAUGAUGUUCUGAAAUGGUUGAGAGAGACUGAAACACACCAGUCUCUGAAACCUGUAUCUAUGGAAACACCAUAUACAACAUUGAAGGAAGUAAAAGCGUCAUUGCUGAAUAUUCAACUCAAAAUACUGGAGAGGGUGUUUUCAACAUUUGAUGCCAUUCCCUUAGUGAUACUGGAUAAACUACCUGGAUUUAAUCACUCAGUUUUUCAGAAGCUAAAGAGCUUACGUCAGAGGGUUAAAGCAAAAUUGAAGUUGGCUGAUGUCCUGGUGAAGAGAAAAGCUGCUUUGAUCCGUGAAAGAGCAAGUAUCAGUGCCAGUGAUGAUUCUCCCGACAAACGAGUAAGCACUGGUGAAAGAACGACCAAGAGGGAAAAGCAAUCAUCUGUUUCACCUCUAAAAUUGAAAGACAAGCGUAAAGAGAAUAUUCCAACAAAGAUUAGUCCAAAAUUAGACAGGAGCCAAACAGUUGUAAAGAGAUCUUUGGCCUCACCAUCUGAUAGACAUGUAGGUAGAUCAAGUAGUAGUGAUUCUCUAAAACACAGUGGAGAAACUAAAAAAACAGUGAGUAAAUCAGCUGGUGAUCAGACAAAUGAAUCAGAAAGGAGAGCUGAUGUAUCUCGCAUUGCUGUUAGUGAGAAAAGAAAGUUGUUUUCUAGGUCAUCAAAAGAAGAAAGUUUACAAAAAGAAGAGUUUAAUGAACAUUUUUAUGGUAAAAAUACAGUAAUGCCUGACUUUGAAGACAGUUUUGUUAGUGUUGAGAAACAGUCUGUUACUCACCGUGUUUCAUUACUUAGUGAAGCGAAGAAACAAUUAUCAGUAAAUAGUAAGAAUUUCAAGGCUUCUGCAGAGCAAAUUUCAGAUUCCGAUGUUGCUUCAAAUUAUCAGGCUGGCAGCAGCUGCGAUUCUAAAGAAAGGAAGCUUUCUACCUCUAGCAAGUGUGAUGCGGUGGGUUCAUUGGAUCAUGAAACCAAUAGUAAGAGACAGUCUUCUUUGUUGCUCACUCCAAAACCUUCUUCAGCAACAGUAAAAGAUUCAGCACACUCUACGUGUAAUUCCUCUGGAUUAAAACUGAGUAUGGGGAAAGGUCUUCAAAACUCAACACCAGUUGCUGUCCAUGAUGUAUUACUAGGUAACUCUGAAUCUGGUAGGAAAUUAUCUUCUGGUUCUACAGCCUUUAAGUUUAAAAAACCUAUUUUUGGAACAGCUAACAGGAAUUCAGACUCAAAAAGCCCCAUAGUACUUAGUGGUAGUUCAAGAACCCCACAAACAUUCAGUACAGCAGUGGCCUCAGGCACUAACAGUGGAACACCAACUAAUUGCAAAAUUCAGGUGAAAGAGAAUGCUAGAAGCAUAAAUUUUUCUGGACCUAGUCAUGAUAACAGUAGUGAACCAAAUGGUUUUACCUCUGUGUCGUCCAGUUCAAGAAAUGAAACAUUCCAGAAGCCACAGGCAAACAGCAGUGCUUGGAAUACCAGCUUCACCUACACAUUGGGAUCAGCUCCAGGUAACGCGUCGGGAGCUAAGAAGAGCUCUCCACAAAAAACGAAGAUUGUGAAUGAAACACAAUUAAUAGAUGAUGAUACCCAAGAGGAAAAUUCUGAAAGUCAAAAUAUUGACAAUUUUGAAACACAAUUUCAUAGCAUAAAGGCUCAAGACCCUCUGCAGAAAGUGCCUAAAUCAAAUCAUGCCACAAAAAAUGUUGAUUCCAGUGGAAAUAUCAAUUAUAAUUCAGCCUUGUACCACAAUACACAACCAAAUAAAUUCACUCCAAAGAAGACAGUUACUUCAAACAAACAAAGCACAGGACAGUUUCACAGUAAUUUGAAGAAUGAUGGCAUUACUGGAGAAUUUGAUGGGGUUGGCUUCCCACACUCAAAUGAAAUGUUAAAAGUUUUCCGUCAGACAUUUGGUCUGCACAAAUUUCGUCCAAACCAGCUGCAAGCAAUUAAUGCAUCUCUGCUCGGUCAUGACUGUUUUGUCCUGAUGCCAACUGGUGGAGGGAAGUCUCUCUGCUAUCAGUUACCAGCACUUAUUGAUCCAGGAGUCACAAUAAUUAUAUCACCUCUUAGAUCACUUAUUAUUGAUCAAGUGCAGAAACUGAACUCUCUUGAUAUUCCAGCUGGGCAUCUCUCUGGAGAUAUUAAUCCAAAUGAAAUGAACUCUAUAUAUUUGGAGUUAUUAAAGAGGGACCCAGGAUUGAAAAUGUUAUAUGUCACUCCUGAAAAACUGAGUGCCAGUGGGAAACUUCAAGACACUUUAGACAAUCUCUAUAAGCGGAAUAAAUUGGCUAGAUUUGUUAUUGAUGAAGCUCAUUGUGUGUCACAGUGGGGUCAUGACUUCAGACCUGAUUACAAGAAACUUUGUGUUCUUCGUGCGAAGUUUCCCGGUGUUCCAACUUUAGCAUUGACUGCUACUGCUACACCUCGCGUUCGUAUAGAUAUUCUCCAUCAACUGGGAAUGAAGACACCAAAAUGGUUUCUUUCAAGCUUUAACAGGCCAAACCUGAAGUAUAGUGUCUUGCCAAAGAAAGGGAAAGGCAUCACCAAAGAUAUUGUUUCAUUUAUAAGAAGUAAGCAUCCCCGGGACUCAGGAAUUAUUUAUUGUCUGUCACGGAAUGAAUGUGAUACAGUCUCACGAGAUUUGGUGAGUGCGGGUAUUAAAGCAGCUUCAUACCAUGCUGGCCUGACAGACAAGCAACGAGCGAAAUCACAGACUGACUGGAUCAGUAGUAAAACAAAGGUCAUAUGUGCCACUAUUGCUUUUGGAAUGGGCAUUGAUAAACCGGAUGUGAGAUUUGUUGUCCAUUACUCAUUGCCUAAAUCUAUAGAGGGUUACUACCAGGAGUCAGGAAGAGCGGGUCGUGAUGGCGAGCUCUCAGAAUGUAUACUAUUCUAUUCAUUUGCAGACAAAAAUAGAAUAGCCAAAAUGAUAGACUUGGAUCGGGACAACUAUGCGGCUAGACAGACACAUUAUGACAAUUUGUACAGGAUGGUAGCGUACUGUGAAAACAGAACAGAUUGCCGCCGAGCAUUGCAGCUCAACUACUUUGGUGAAAUUUUUGAUCGACAGCAAUGCUUAAUAAGUCGUGAUACAGCUUGUGAUAACUGUUUGCAGCAGAAUCAAUACACAGCAGUAGAUGUAACAGAGGAUUCAAAGGAAAUUAUAAAAUGUGUCCAAAAGCUGAGCCAAAACAGUACCAUGACAUGGAAAGGCAACUUCACACUGCUCCAUUUUGUUGAUAUUUUCAAAGGAGCAGAUGUGAAAAAGAUAAAGGAUAAUGGCCACAACAACUUGCCACUCUAUGGAAAAGGUAAGAACUGGGCUCGAGGUGACAUUGAAAGACUGUUCCGCAAGCUUAUUCUGGAAGAAUUCCUAAGGGAGGAUAUGAUCGUAACUCGUGAUGAUAUAGCAGUUGCCUAUGUGAAACUGGGCAGAAAAGCCGAUGACUUAAUGACAGGAAAAGUGAAGUUGACAAUGGCUAUGAAAGGAUCAAGUGCAACCAAAGAUACAACUGCCUCUACGGCAGUUACUGAUUCUCCAGCUGCUAAAGAACUUAAGCUGUUGGAAGAGAGAUGUUACAGCGAUCUUAUGGAUAUGUGUAAUGCAAUUGCUGACUCACUGGGUGUUAGCAGUGCAUCUAUUAUGAAUGUACAGGCUAUUCAAGCAAUGUCACAACUGAUGCCUGAAACAGAAGAAGAAAUGUUGCAAAUAUCCCAUGUAACAAAAGCUAACUUUGAGAAGUACGGGAAAGCACUUCUUCAGAUUACUCAGCAACAUGCUGCUGAAAAAUUGGUACUUCUUGCUGAGCUCGCAGAAGAAACAUCAGAAGAACCUCAAAAUUCUCAAGAGGAAGAUUGGUUGUGCGCUGAUAACAUUGGACAUGAUUCACCGUACUUCAGCAGCCCUAGAAGAGGUGUAAAACGUAAAGCAAGGGGAGGUUCUAGUAGAAGAACAAAAAGGUACCGUCGGGGAGGAAAAUCUGGGAGAGGUAGAGGUUCAGCAUCACCGCGCAAAAAAUAUAGCCCCAAGAAGAGUUCAAGAGGUGGUCGUUCUAACAGUGGGCUGGGUCUAAUGGCAAUUCCUGGGAAAAAAUUGCCACCAUCUAAAAGGCCAUCUUUCUUACCAAAUCCAAAGUGUUCCUCUUUGUAAAUAUAUUUACCUUAAACUAUGAUUUGUAUCAAAUCGUAUAAUUUAAAUCUCUGUAAAUAUGUGACAGUGUGCAGUAAUGAUAAGUUAUUUUUUAAUAAUAGUGGUAUAUAAUACUGAUUAUGAAUCUCUCAAGAGAAAAUGUUUCUAUAAUACCCUUGUUUUUAACUCCUUAUUUAAUUGUAACUUCUGAAUAAAUGGUAUGGAUUAUAUUUUGAUAAAAAGUUUGUUGAAUGUUAUUUGUGUGUGCAUAUAAAUAGCGAGAUUAAUAGAACUGGUUUCUUACUGUGAUUGUCUCUUGAAAUUGUGUAACUGUAAUACUGUUUUGAAAGUAGAAGGACAAUAGUUAUGGUGACUGCUGUGGAAUAGGCUAAUUGUCAGAGAAGCUGUGAUUGUGAGAACUGUUUUGUGUUGCAUUCUUGUUUGUUGUCCAGUGUUCAUGUGAAAUGUUAUCAAUGUAUGAAUAACUUUGCUAAAGCUUGGUGCUUUGCUCGUAAUAUGUAAUGUGCCUUUCUCUUACACAGUGUCACACCCGUGUGUGUCAUGCUUGCAUCUGUGCACAUGAAAUCUAUCUCUCUCUCUCUCUCUCUCUCUCUCUCUCUCUCUCUCUCUCUCUCUCUCUCUCUCUCUCUUUCUCUCUCUCUCUUUUUCUUUCUCUCACUCUCUCUCUCUCUCUCUCUCUCUCACACACACACACACACACUACACACACACACACUAUCUAUGUACCUGUGUACAUAUGUACGUAGCUACCUACCUACCUACAUACCUUCUUACCUACCUACCUACUUCCCCCCCCCCCCCCUUUUCUGUUUCUGGCCCCUUUCAUUCAAAAUCUCAGGGAAUUGAAAUACUGAAAUACAGAAUGCUGUGGAUAGCAGCUGUCGCAAAAGUCCAAAUUAGAAAUUAACAAAUAAAUGGAAGUGCAGGUUGUUUGUACCAAAAGUUGACUUUGUCACUAUAAUGUUCACCAAAUGAUGCUUAUUGAAUAACUACAGUGUGUUAGUAAAGCAGUGGAACACAACUAGCUGUUUAAUAUUAUCAUUUACUGCUCCUUUUUCUCAUUCUUCUACUAUUACACUUCCUCAUCUCUGUACAUCUCUUUAUCUCUCUGACCUCAUUUACAUUUAAAGUAGUACCCACAGUUAAGUAUUUCUGUUGUAGUAGCUGCAGUUUACAGUUUUGAUGGGUCUCAUCAUCUGACCAUCAGUGAGUACAUAACUUACAUACCAUUCAACUCAAAGUUAUUUUAUGCUGAGUGUUCCUACUGUCACAAUACCCUGCUGUUUAUUGCUGUUAUGGUCCAAUGCAAUAAGAACACAUCAUGUAAAAGUUAUUUGGUGUGUAUGUUGGAUGUUUAAUGACCUUACUGUUACUUUCUUGUUGCAGUCUGUUGAUUUCUUUUUAUGUAACGCAUAAUGCAUGAGUAAGCUAUUGCCUCGAAGUAUUGUUUCAGUUUAUAAUCAAGAGAUGAAACAUUAUAUGCUGCUUUUGGUCACUGACUGUAAAUAUUUGUAUGUUAUUGGAUAAUGGCCAUGUCACAAUGAUUUAAGAGUUUGUCAGUUGCUGUAAAUGUGUAUCAGCUCAAUAAGAAUAUUUUUAUAUUGUGAAA